AGCAGCUGGAAGCAGAAUUGAGGGUAAAAAAAAAAAAAAUCAUGAGUGCCAUUGUUAGCAGCAGCAGCAGCAGCUGCCUUUCUUCGUCAUUCACAUACCCAUUUGAAAAUGAAGGGUUAAUGGCGAAAAUCGAUAGAUCUACAUGCAAUCCUAGGAUUACCAAGAAUAGUUCUAAAGUGAAUGGGAUUUUCUGUAAACUAUCUGAUAAUGGGAUUGAGGAAAAUCCCAUAGGCAAAAAUGGUGCUAAUGCCAAUUUCAGUGCUAAGAGCAGGAUGGAAGAGUACAAUAUAGCCAUGAAGAGAAUGAUGAGGAACCCAUACGAGUACCAUCAUGAAUUGGGCAUGAACUAUACGUUGAUAAUUGAUAAUUUGAUCGUGGGGUCGCAGCCUCAGAAACCUGAAGACAUAGGUCACUUGAAACAGGAAGAGAAUGUCGCUUACAUUCUAAACCUGCAGCAAGACAAAGAUGUCAAGUAUUGGGGAAUUGACUUGCAAUCUAUCACAAGAAGAUCUCGAGAACUUGGAAUCCUUCAUAUGAGAAGGCCUGCAAAAGAUUUUGAUCCAGAUUCAUUGAGAAUUCAGUUACCGAAAGCAGUUUCAUCACUGGAGUGGGCCAUUUCCGAGGGAAAAGGAAAAGUGUAUGUGCAUUGCACAGCUGGACUAGGAAGGGCUCCUGCUGUUGCAAUUGCUUAUAUGUUCUGGUUUUGUGGAAUGAAUUUAAAUACAGCAUAUGAGACAUUGACCUCGAAGAGACCAUGUGGACCUAACAAAAGAGCAAUACGUGGAGCAACCUACGAUCUGGCAAAGAAUGAUCCAUGGAAAGAAGCAUUUGAUAGCCUUCCAGAACAUGCCUUCGAGGAUAUUGCAGAUUGGGAGAGGAACUUGAUUCAAGAUCGUGUGCGUUCCUUACGUGGAACUUGAGCAUUUUGGUCUUUUAAGUUAUUGGAGGUACCUAAUGAUAUUAAGCCCAUAUGGAGGGAAUUAAAGAAAACCAGGAGAGCAAGAUUCUCAUAGCCUGGCCUUAAAGUUGACGAGUUUUGAGGGGUAUACACUAUUGAACAUUUUCUAUUUAUAUAGGUACAGUUAGUCAUUAUGCUAUUACAAUGAAUCUUUGGUUCCUAGGAGGCUCUCAACUUGGCUUCAUAACUUAGGGUGCUUGUGCAUCAAUGAACAAUAAAUAACGGCAAUCUUUUCUUUUUCUUUUUUCUUCGUUCGAUCAUUUACAAUUAUAUGCUGUAAACGUUUGUAAGAACUUCAAACUGUAAUAGAAAACUUGGCUUAGAGCAGCCAAUAUACUAUUCUAGUUCACA